GGCAGCCUGUCCACUCUUCAGUUCUCCUAUGAAGAGGAGGUUAUUGACAAAUGUCCUCCUGGCCAAGAAACUCUUGAUCCCCUUGAAAGCUUCAAUGAAGUCAUCUUUGAACCUAGCAUUGCAAUGGCAAUCCUACGACUAGUGCACGCAGCCAUGCUCGCACUUACGAACAAGAUGGCAUCCUUCAAAUGCACUCAUGCAGUGGUCUGCCGACUCCCGAAUUCCUGGAGACCUCGAGAUGGCAAGGAAGGUAGCCUUGACAGAGCUCGUCGGCAGCAUGAAGAGUAUGUGAAAGCUCUGAGAAGCGUAGGACUUGACGUUCUCGAGAUGCCUGCUGACGAGUUGAUACCUUCAUGCCCCUAUGUUGAAGACUGUGCUAUCGUAUGCAAUGGGGCAGCGUUAAUAGCGAAACCUGCAGCAGCUUCCCGCAAACGAGAAACGGAGGCUAUUAGAGCAGUUUUGAAGAAGGAACUGAACCUCUACAUCAUGGAGGUGACUGAUCCAAAUGCAACAUUGGAUGGAGGUGAUGUACUCUUUACAGGACGAGAGUUCUUCGUUGGGCUUUCCACAAACACUAAUGAAGGAGGAGCUGCUGCUGUAGCAUCAGCUUUCCCAGAGUUCCCCUGUACACCUAUCAAACUGGGUGACAACUGUCAUUUGAAGAAUCUUAUUUCAAUGGCUGGCCCAGACGUAAUUAGUGUCGGCAGUGGUGAAUCUGCUCAGAAACUUCUCAAGAGGAUAGAACGAGAAGCAACUUUCCAAUACCAGAAGCUGACUGUGUCAGAUGAUAUAGCAGCCAAUGUCCUCUAUGUCAACAAUGUUCUCCUGCAUCGAGCCAAGGAAGAGUUUCCUGAUUCUGUAAAAAUUUUGGAAGAUCGCAUCCUCUAUCCACGAUAUGCCCUUGAGUUCUCUGAACUGGGAAGCCUCUCAUCCUGCUGCCUUCUUAUCAAGAAAACAAAGCACAUGAAGAACUUAUUUGAACUGUACAGGUCAGAGAUGAGUGAAUCCUGAAUCUUCUAUGUUGGAUUCUGGUCUUGAUGCAGAAUCUCAGAAGAAUCUCAAGCACCCACCAUUAUUACUUUUCAAGUGAUAUGGACACUUUUGGCAAAUGAUCUGCCGAGAGGAAGCAAAUUGUGCCUGAAAUACAAACCAACAAAAUUUUCCAAUUAUGCAAAUUCAAAUGAAAUCACAAGCCUUCUCAAGCAGAAUCUCAAGAAUACAAUGUGGGAAUGUAUUUUCUUGUACAUUUCACUUUGCUUGGAAGUACAAGAAGGAAGAACUCUGUUUCAGAAUGAGGUUCAAUCAUGUAUCAAGGGAGCUAUAUUAUGCUUCACUUUCCUGACAUGGAAUUUGGUUGCUUAUUAUGUGUGCACAAGUCUGGACUUGUGUUCAAUAUUUCAAAAAUAGUAAAUUCAGUGGAACAUAAGAUCUGUUCAUUGACAGGAGGCUUAGCAUUCUGUUGGACUACUUUAUUCCCUGUCAAGUAAUGAAGGAUGUAAACUCUAAAAAAAAGUUAGGAAUAUCAAAUCUGCAUGAUCUGAGUAAAGACCAAACAUUGUUUGAGAAUGAACAUGUGUGUCUUUAUUAUUGCUGGCAACACUGGGGCCUUGAAUACAGCUCCCUGUUAUUUAUUUACUUUUCAGGAUACAGGUUUUCCAAAGAACCUCCUUCCUGUUGCAGAGCAACACCAAUAUCCCUAACUGUUUUCUUAGAGUUUAUUUGAGCUAACUAACUGCUGAAAAUUGUCAUCUAGUCACUGUUCAUCUCAUGAAGCAGCUUCC